GUCACAGCGGGAAUUCGGAGACGCAACUUCUGACCCUAUCAGGUCAUUUACUGCAUUUUCACACGACAGAUAAAGCAAUCCGAAAGAAAAUGGAGAAUUCACAUGAUUCAAAGAUGAAUGAGCAGAGAAGAAGAACAGCUAGAACAGGUGGAGCAUCCAUGCUGACCACCAUGUCUGACCAGAGACCGAGGUGUUUCAAGGACAUUAUGGACCUCGUUCUUCAUCUGAGUGAUGAGGAAUGGAAGGCCGUUACCAGAGGCAUGACGAAGAAGGUCACAAGGUUGGAGUUUGCUGUUGCUUCCACUAAAAUGGUGACCACGGUGUCGUCUGCUGUGGUUCGGCGUUUACUGAAGCCUCUCAGCAAAAGCUUCGGGAUCGAAGCGAUUCUGGAGGCUAACGACAAGCUGAAGGAAAUGGCCAAGUCGAAAUCGAGCAAGUGCUCUGACGCCUCAGCUCAAAGAUCCCCAGUGGAGGUGUCUGAUUUCAUCUGUCAUCUCGGUCAGAGAAUCGUCACAGAAAUUAAAGGUGCGAUGCUGGAGGCCAUCCGGAGUACGGCAUCAGGACAGUUGGAGAACUGCUCUGAGAGUGCUUCAUCAUCUGCAGAAAAACAAGUAUGGCUAGAUGAUCUUAGCUUUGCCUGCACUAAUGAGAUCUGUGAGAAGAUCCUGGCCCUCUGUCACUCUCAAGAGCUCCACAGACAUGGAGGAGAGACAACUUCAGUAAAGUCCCUCCUGGAGUUCCAAAAACUAAUGAAGGGCUUGGAAAAAGUUGUCUCGGUCAGCAGGUCCUCUUCAUGGGUUACUGUAUCCAGAACCUCUGACAUGGUUUCCACGACGUCUGAAGUGAGGACUCCUAGUUGUGCUUCAUCAGUUCCACAAUCUGUGAGCCCUUUCAUUGAGCAGUUUAAGAGCAUAGCCUCAGAAGUGGUCAGUGAAGUUCUUCUGAGAUUAGAGCAAAAACUCUCUGACUCAGUGUCGUCUCAAACUUCCAUCCUUGCCUCCGUUGAGACAGAACCGAAUUUCUCGAGGGAGCUGGCCAAGAGCACAGCCAUGGAAAUUCUGCAGAAAAUGUUUUGUACACUUGUCACUUGCAGCGAUGCUGACCAGUCUGGACCAGAAGAUGAGCAGAAGUCCCUCUCUUUUGCUCAGAAGAUCCACAUGGAUAUCAAUAAGCGGGUGUUUGCAUUUAUUUGUGAGCGGCAGCAAGCCAUUUUAGAGAAAAGAAAGACCUUCUUGGAUGCCUCUACCGAAAUCGAUGCUGAUCUCGAGGUCAGCAUGGAGAACAUACAGAAAUCUGCUGCUGCUGAACAGUACUUGGAUAAAGCCACUCAGGUUGUGAGUGAUAUCCUGGUGAAUAGGUUAACUUCACAAAUUUCCUCAGGUUUAAUCAGCACGAAAGGCUCGGGUUCAAGCACAGUGCCGUCAUCGAUGUCAGUUCAGGUCAAUGUUACUGAUGCUUCGUCAGCUCCCUGCAGAAAGAGCUCCUCAGUCUUCUCUUCACAGCUCCAAAGUCCUUCUGGACUGGAAGAGAGCGUUCUAGACGCAGAGAGAGAGCCUCUGCCUUCGGGCCAGAAGAGUCAGUACGUUCAUCUGCACCUUUUCACUGUGGUGCACGAUCACCUGAAGGCUUUCUUUACUUCCUUCUCUAAAAGUGAUGCUGAUGAUAAAGGGACAGAUCCGUCAGCACACUCAGAGAGCGAAGAGGACAGUGUUGUUCCCAUCUGCAUCGAUGAGGAGGGCUCGGUUCACGAGCUGAAUGUUGGUCGCACUUUAUCCGAUUCUGUUCUGAUCAGAAGUAACAGCAUGUUAUGCUCUGUACAGUUUCCUUCUCAGCUUGUUUACAGGUUUGUUGAGGAGUCCAUCAAGGCUUUACUGCAGAAUGUGCUGAAAGUCAGGGUGAGUGAUGGAAAUUAUGGACACUUGCUUCACGGAGCCGAGGAUCAGGAGAAGAAGAAGAAGAGGAGCCCUAGAGUUCGCUUCGUCAUAAAGACGAGCAGGCAUGUGGUGGUUAAGCGUCCCAAGAAGCAGAAGAAACGCCGCAGAGUUCCUCUGCCACAGCCAAGCACAUCCGCCUCCGCACGUCUCCACGAGGACUCACACAGAGAAUCGAAGCCCUCGCGGUCCAUCUUCAAGAACACUCGCAAAACGCUGGGCAGGAUCUUCUCUAACAUCUCCAAGACCUUCACCAACAUCUUCAACACUUCAAAGCGCUCCGGAAACUCGUCAGAGUAGACCUGUGCCCGGUGACAGUUAACCAAGUUACCGUGGCAACAGAUACAAAAAACA